GGAAUCCAAAUUUACGUUAUUAAACCUGUGUAUUUCUGAACAGAGAUUCUAGUAGGUGUUAUUACAACAUUGUGUAUUUUAACAGAGAUUCUACUACACGUGUUAUAAAGCUAAUUAAAGAUGAGUUGUGAGUGUUGGAACAGAAGUCUCUACCAUUUUCUAAAUAUUUUGAAGAUGAUUUUUUGAAAUCCACUCUUAUCUCAAUUAAAUUGGCAUGUGAAGAACAUGAUGUUAAAACCUAUCCACGUAAGUUUUAUAUGGUGAAUUUCUCUAACACCUAAUAAAAUCAGUUCCAUGUUUAGGAUUAAAACUAAUAAAAUCAGUUCCAUGUUUAGGAUUUCGUCUUACCAAAUCAAAUCUCCAAGCAGAAGUGUUUUUAUCAGCUCGCCAAAUGUAGCUCCAUUUACUAGCUAAUCCAGAACCACAAGAAAAGAUGUAGAAAUCGAAAUUAAAUAACAGCAAAAAAAUUAACCAAUUCAUUCAUAAAAUUCUUAUUGGUUGCAAAUCUUGUGUAAUUCUUCUCAACAACAAUGGAGUGUUGAGUUUGUGUUUUUCACUGAUGUGUUCAUAAAAAGCCUCAAUUAUUCGCAAAACACCUUAAUUUUCACUAAAUCUAAGUAAACUUCAUACAAUUCAAUAAAUUUUCAUAUCCGAAAAUAUCACCUGAAAUUUUUUUGAAGAUAUUUAACGGCGAACAAAAAAUAAAAGGGUCAGAAUAUAUAAGUUGGGAACUUGGGAUAAGAAAAAAAUUAUAGCACUUCUACAUUCAUUGAUUUAUCAUUUAUGCAGAACGUUACUGUGGCCAAAUUUAUGGUUUGGGCUAUCAAUUUCAUACCUACCUAUCUCACUUAUCAUGAUACUAUGAUAUUUCUGCAAAUUAACCAAAAAUAAAAAAAUUCUAGACUGCAAAUAAAAUUACCUUCCUACUAAAUUGUUGAUCAUGUUGACCUUAGUAAGGCAAAGUGUAGAAUGCGGCUUCAGCUGCUUCCCAGCAAACUCCUCGUCAUUGAGCUUGAUAUUCAGCUGAGAUGAGCAUAUGUGGUAUUAGCCAAUAUCUUGGUCAUCUGACCGAGGAGCAUCACGUUGGCUUUGAAGCAGCUGCAUGGUACUGGCAUUUUGUAGACGUGGUUCGGUUAUUCCCAUUUGUCUCUAUCUAUUGGUGGGGAGGUAUAUGAAGGAACGAAUCAGUGGACUGAGGAAUGAAAGCUCGAAGACAAAGAGAACCGGGCUUUUCCAAAGAAUUACUGCAGCUUUCCCACUCCCUUUGAUUAUCAUAUACAAAAAAGUAUCUUCCACUUUCCUACCAAAUCUCUCUCUAUUCAGGCACAUAAAUGAAGGGAUGGAAGAGAUUAUGGCGGAUCAUGUUCACCACGAAAUGACUCGAAAUUGGAUCUUGGUCUAUUUGAGAUUCUUUCUUUUAAUCGUAAUCAAUUCUUGUCUCUCCUUUCUUUUCUGAACAAAUCGAAGAACCUAAUGGAUCGAACUCAUCCUUGGCCUCCCUCAGUUUGUGCCAUCUCAUAAGUAUCAACCAAUGAAACGAAGUCGAAUAGGUCAACUCCUUCUGUGAAACAUUAUUGAUUUCUGCGAGUUUGACACAAAAGCUGAGUCAAGCUCCGCAGCAUCACGAACAAUCUUGAUUGAUAUUUAUUAUCACCCCUAUUUGUUUUGCCUUCCUACCGAAAGCAGGUAUGGGAGUAGACAAGAAGCAAGAAAGAGUGUAGUUGUUCUUCGGAUCUGUAUCUAGUUUUUGCUGCUAUCGACGUGUAGCUCGAAAACCGCAAGAAAAGAGCAACUUUAUAUAAAGUUCCCAGCCUUGUUUUGCUAUCCAUUCCACUGAUGAAGAAGCUAAAUUCCGAGACUAGGCAUUAUCACAUACGAAAUUGUCAUAUAUUGAUGUUGAAUAGAUUUCUUUUUGAACUCAGGUGCUACCGUCUUCAACAACCAAACUUCAAUCAUUGAAUGGGGAAGUAGCGAUAGCCCAUCGAGCAUAGAGAUCAUAGCUCCGAAGCUCAACCAAGGUGAGUUUAGUCGAUGUAUUAUACGGGGGAAGUCAAAUUGGGGUCAGAGACCCUACCUCUACUUGGCUUGGUUUUGAACCGAAAGUGGUCAAGUCAAAGUCUACAAGAUCAGCUGCUGAUGCUUCUAAGUUCUAAGCAACCUCCUCCUCUUUGACUUCGAAAUUCAUCUUUCCGACUAAUCAUUCAUUCAUUCCAACCAACCAGAUCCUCAGAUUCCAAGAAACACAAAGAUCACACCAGAGAAUAAUGCAUCACUUUUCACUUUCCAUUGCUCUGUUGCUUCUUUUUCACCUUGGUGCAUUUCCAGUAGCAACUAGUAAUGAUCCAAUUACAGCCACAUCCAAGCUUUCCAUCAGUUGUGGCUCGGUUGCCACGUCUGUAGCUCUCAACGGCAAACAGUGGAUUGCAGACAUACAACCAAAAGGAUCAUCCCUGCUACAGAUAAAGGGUUCAUCAACCGACUCAACUCUCAGGCAUAGCUCCACCUCUGCUCAUCAAGUUCCCCACAAGACAGCAAGAAUCUCUACUUCUCAGUUCUCCUAUGCAUUUCGAGUCAGCCCGGGUGAGAAAAUUCUCCGCCUUCACUUUAAUCCCGCUCCAUAUAAAGGCUUCGAAAGGUUGAACGACUUGUUCAAUGUUGAAGCUGGGCCCUUUAUUCUGCUGGCUAACUUUAGCGCUUCAUUAACUGCUGCUGCUCUUGGUGUCAACACUUUUUCCAAAGAGUUCUGCAUAAGCCUAGAACAAAACCAAAUGUUUAGUGUAACCUUUUCUCCUGUAACUAGAGAUACUACAUAUGCUUUCUUAAACGGAAUACAGAUAAUCCCAGUACCUCUACGUCUUUCUUACUUGAAAGGAGGUGAUCAUCGAGCCCAAGUGGUAGGCCGCAAGGCUCCAGUGAGUAUUGACAAUACCACUGCACUUGAAUUAACACACAGGGUUAUGAAACAGUAUUUAGUUUCAUUUUCUGAUGAAUUUGAUGAUAAAGAAAAGGAAAAUGAGAUCAAUGGUCUUACCAGGAAAACAUCAGUAGAUGUUGGCUUUAGGUACUUGGUCAGGAUUCAUUUCUGCGACCUAGGUCUCCAAGGUGAGGGACUCAAAGUCCUUCUUGAUGAAGUAAUUGUGGAUGUUAACAUUUCUGUAGAAUGGGAUGAUGAAUAUGGCAUCAUAGAGUACAGAGACUAUGUAAUGGCAGUUAAAGGGAGAAAAGAGGAGGGUAAACGAGAGCUCUUGAUUUCCCUGCAGUCUAAUGAAGAGUUUGUUGAUGCAAAUCAACUCAUCAAUGGAUUUGAAAUAUUCAAACUGAGCAAUCCUGAUAACAGUCUUGCCAGUCCGAAUGUCUUCCCUCCAAAAAGUAAUUCUCCCCUUCGGAUUAUCAACAUCUUACUGCCUAUUCUGUCUCAAGGAAAUGCUACUGCAACUCUAGCAAUAGCCAUACUUGCUAUGAUGAAUAUAAUUGUCUAUAAGUUGAGGGAAGUCUGUGAAGCAAGAAGCACUACAGAUGAGGAGAACAUACCAUCAGCAAAGGCUGAACGACUCUGUCGACGUUUUUCACUGGCUGAGAUUCAAUCAGCCACCAAAAACUUCAGUGGAAGGUUACUCAUCGGAAGGGGAGGAUUUGGUAAAGUUUACAUUGGAUUUAUUGAUAAUGGACGAGAGACUGUUGCCAUAAUGAGGUUAAAAUCUGACUCAAGACAAGGGAAACAUGAGUUUUUGACUGAGAUUGAAACACUUUGUGAGCUCAGACAUAUUAAUCUUGUCUCUCAAAUAGGCUACUGCAGUUAUCAAAGGGAAAUGAUUCUUGUUUAUGAGUACAUGCCCAGUGGCACACUGGCUGAUCACCUCCAUGAAUAUGCAAGGGAAGGCAAAGAUUCAUGUUCUCUCACUUGGAAGCAACGCCUAGAUAUCUGCAUAGGAACCGCCCGAGGAUUAGAGUAUCUCCACACAGGCAACAGAAUCAUAUAUCACGAUGUUAAAGCUUCUAACAUCCUCUUGGAUGAAAAUCUCAUAGCCAAGGUCUCCGAUUUUGGGUUAGCUAAGCAUGAAGAUCGAAUCAAGCUACAGAGUCAUAUUGGCACAAGAGUUAAGGGCACACAUGGGCACAUGGACCCAUAUUAUCAAAAUACAGGCAAGUUAACAAGGAAAAGUGACAUAUAUGCCUUUGGUGUUGUGUUACUGGAAGUAUUGUGCGAGAGAAAAGCACUAGGUCCUAGGUUCGGAGAGGAAGAUUUAUAUCUCACCAUAUGGGCUCAAAACAAGAUUAAGGAGGGAGAGGUUGAUAAGAUUGUGGCUUCGACUCUGUUGGAAGAAAUCCUACCAGAUAGCCUGAAGGCAUUUGUUGAAGUUGCUGAAAGAUGUUUGCACAAGGAACCAAAGCAGAGGCCAACGAUGGCUCAAAUUGUUGUUCAACUUGAGUCUGCACUUGAGCUUCAGGAGAGUGGAAAGAGUGCUGAGUCAAAUCACGUAGUUCUUGUUGCUAAUGAUGUAUGUCCAACAAAUGAACAUAUGACAUCUUCUGCAAACACUGCACUAUCAGCAGAAGCCUUCUCAGAUGUAUAUGUUGAUACAUCUCCUCCUAUGGAACAAAGAAAUCUAAACUAUUUUCCAGAUGGAGAAGAAGAACCGAAAUCGUAUAAGGCACAUUUUUGGGCAUUAGAUGCACUAUGGAACAGGUUAAAACCAUCUAAGAGAAAAGAAAUCAGAUUAGCAUCAGAAUUGUGUGAGGCGGACAUAAAAGUGCCAAAGUAUGAAUUUAGCAAGCUUGCGGCUGCUACCAAUCUAUUCUCCAAUUCCAAUAAGAUUGGACAAGGUGGAUCUUCUCGAGUCUACAAGGCUGUAUUACCCACAGGAAGGACAGUCGCAGCUAAGAGAUUUUUUCAUCCAUAGACCGCGACGUCCCUCUGUUCAAAAAUGAGAUUCUUUCAGUUUCCAGUCUCCAUCACCAGAACAUCAUUAAACUACAUGGAUAUUGCAUUCAUGACAAAACAUGGUUGCUUUUGUAUGAAUUCAUGGAGAAUGGAAGUUUAGAUAGAUAUAUAUUUGAUGAAGAACGACGUCCUAGGUUUCAAUGGUCAGAACGCUUCAAAAGUCAUUAUUGGAAUUGCUAAAGGGAUUAUCUAUCUUCAUCAAGAGUCAAGUCCAAAAGUGAUUCACAAGGAUCUUAACCCCACCAAUAUAUUACUGGACAAUGAGAUGAAUCCUAAAAUUUCCGGCUUUGGCUUAGCCAGAAUUACUGAAGAUGACCAAUCACAAGUGCCCACCUGUAUUGCUGGGUCCACAGGUUAUCUUUCACCAGAAUUUUAUAUCGGAGGACGAAUUUCAGAAAAGUCAGAUGUCUACAGUUUUGGUAUAUUAGUCAUGGAGAUAUUGAGUGGAAAGAGAAGUAAUACAGAAAUGGAGAAUCUCAUUGGCAGUGCUUGGGAGCUGCAGAGAAGAAAUAUGAAUGUAUUAGGGAUGGUGGAUGCAUACCUUGUUGGAGAGUUUUCAGAGGAAGAAGUGCUGAGAUGUGUACAUGUAUGUCUGUUGUGCACCCAGUCAGAGCCGCAACAUCGCCCAACGAUGGCAUCUGCCAUAAGAAUGUUGCUCGGAGAAGACUUAUUGCUGCGAGACAAGGUGGAACAAGCACAAUGUCCUUCCAAUUUCACCACAAACUGGCCAUAUUGCGUCCCCUCUACUUCAAGAAAUUGGUCAGAGGAGACCCAGGCGAGUCAGAGACACUGAGUUAUUCUACUCGGUAGCUUCCAGUUGACAAGUUUACACCCUUUGCAGAGCUCAGUUACCCCUCCUCUGCUUGUUUGUCUCACUACAAAUGCAUCAUUUCAUCAAACAAUGGAGGAGCAAUGAAGCUAAAGAUGAGUUCAAGUGUUCAAGAGUAGUCUCAACCAUUUGUAGAUAUUUAAAGAUGAUUUCUUGGAAUCCAUUCUCACAAUUAAAUUGAUUGUGAAGAUGUUAAAAUCUGUUAAGUUACUAAUACUGAUGGGACCACGUUAUUUUUAAAUGGUCAAUUUUUCCAUUAGUUUCUUGUGCAAGAAAUUUAAGAAAUGAGGACUCUUGUGAUGUCUUUGCUUGUA